UAGCAUUUGCGUCCUCGCUCGAUCGAUAUCGGCCUCUACCACCACUCUCUCGAAAUAUUAGAUAUAUAGUUGCAAUUUGUAUCAUUAACAUGUCGAUCGAAGCAGGUGUUACGGCGACUGCACCCACCGUGUCGGCCAUCGUCCUGACGGCGACGGUGGGGUGCCACCUUCUCAAGAUCAGCGGCUACUCGCAGACAAGGCUGGUCGAUAAUGGCGAACGCGUCGAGUCGGCCAAGUUCAAGGCGGCCGGUCACACCUGGCGCAUUGUCUUCUACCCCAACGGCAAGUACAGCAUGGACCAUGGCGCCUUCUCCUUCUACCUCAAGCUCAUCGACAGGUCCAAGGGCGUGGAUGCCGAGAUCCAAUUCAGCCUGCUGCCGCGGCAUGGCGCGGACAGCGGUACGCUCCCGUACAGCAAACCGGAGAUCAUGCACACGUUCGGGAGCGCGCGCCGCAACAGCAAGUGCGGGUUCAACUGGUUCAUCAGCAGGGACGAGAUGGAGACGCUGCAGAACAAGUAUGUCGGGGAGGAUGACGACUCCAUCAUCCUCUGUUGCGACAUCAAGGUGGUGAACAAACCGGCCAUCCAUCGCAUUGGCCUGAACGACCUAGGGGUGUUUUGCCCCUGCGAUGACGACACCUGCAAGCGCCUCCACAAGAGGUCGCUGCAGGCAGCGUCUGAUAUAGCUAUGGAGUCUCAGCCAUGUCUCGGUAUCAAGGGGGGGUUCAAAAGGCUUUUCUCAUACUUUCUAGCCUAAUUAGCACAGUUUAAUUUGUUCCAAGUCAUGCCUUAGUACGUACGUACAUCUUGAUAACGCAUGGUGUCCAUGUUCGGCGAAUCAAUUUCUUUUAGCAGUUAAUUCAUUUAUUAGGCUUUUAUAAAU